AUCUGAACUUUUGAAUCUGAACGUCAGAUAACCGCCCCCGGAGGGACCCUUGCCGACCUCCUUGCAGGCAGCAUUCGCCCCGGAAUUGACGGCCCUGAUCAACUCCAUCACUAUUGUCGCAAGCGGCUUCAUUGCAUAAACACAUCCAUCCUCCGGCGCUUCGCCAAGAAGUUCAACGGCCGCUUCCCCGCGACCACUACUCCCCCGUGUUCUGGUCCGAUGUAAACUGGCCAUGUCGCGCACUACGACAUAGGUUUGACCUUCGGAGACCCUCACGUCCGAUGCUCGCGACGAAUCGGCAUCUAUGGAUCACCGCGGUUCUUUCUUUUUCUUUCUGGUAGUCUUCUACCUCCUCCUGAGCUCGCAGUCUCAUUCUCCCUUGGUGUCCCAAGAUCGAGAACACCAACGGGAACUGGCCAGGGAACACAAUGCUCUUCGGAUGCUAAAUGAAUCCAAGUAUGGAGACUUUGACCCGGCUGCCGACAGAUGGCUCCCCUUCUCAGGGGUCAGGAAAAACGACAGUUAUGCCUGGGAUCUUCUUCCAGACGUCCAGGACAGAGCCCGGCUUCAACUCCGGUCUACCAUGACGGAAGCAGGCUUGAGGCCUCCCAAGACCCUUGCGGUCCCGGACGCAUUUCCUGAUCUCAACUUGACACAGUUACUCCUCCCUGUCUAUCGCAAUGCGACGGGGAAGCUACGCGGGGAGUGGGUCCGUCGCAAGCAGGACAAGGAACACCCCCCGUUGAAUACCACGGCCAUCGUCCUCGAAAACGAAUACUUCACCCAUGAGUUCAGCCACAAUAUUACAGGAGAGAGUGGCACCUUCUAUCUCGAUCUACGAGAGGGGGGCGGGGAAGAGCUUCGGUUGCCUCACGGUCAUGUCCGGGAAAUUCGAGCAACAUUGGCGGUGGAGAGCGGUGAUUUCUGGGGCAACACUUGGUAUCUAUCGCUAUUUGGUGUUCAUUUCCCGGAAACCGGGAGCAUCAUUCUGAGUACAACCAGCGAGAAGUUUGGGGGUGUAUUCUCGUUGCCACACCUGGCCCUCUCGUCGGACGCCUACAAUCUCACCCACCAGCUCCUCAUCAAGUCUCUCUCGGACACUAUAUCUGAGAAACAAAAUCGGCCGCCCACCCUGUUUCCUUGGUCCUCGCUGGUCGGGACUGAGCAGAUGGAAUACCCCGCGCCGAAAUGUGAACAUAUCGUCUACUUACAGCAGCAUCCGGUCGCAAUUCAUGGCUACCUCGCAGACAAAGACAUCAUUGAGCAACUGGAACAGGAAUUGCGGUACCCUAUGGGAGCGCCUAUCCCAUCCCCCCCACUGUUGGUUAUGUCCGCGGUGGUAUUCUCUCCCGACUGUGGGUAUGUCCUUGAGACCAAGGGAACUCCAGACUUCCCUCCCACCGACGCGCUGUAUCUGUCGGGUCCGAAACUGGAGGAAUUUGGGAAGUACUCGGCUCGCAUAAUCUUUGUGAUCUCGGCCUUCUCCGUGGCCCAGAUUGCGUUGCUCCUGCGUCAGAUCAAGGAAGCGUCCACACCUUCUACUAGAAGCCGGGUCAGUUUCUACACAAUCGCGCUCAUGGCAUUCGGAGAUUCGUUUGUGCUCGUUUUCAUGCUUCUGGAGCUCUAUCCUGCUGUAUCAUUCCUCGUCAUGACCACUGCAUCCUUCCUUGCCUUCCUUUCCGUCAGCUACAUCGGGAUGAAGUUCAUGAUGGAGAUCUGGGCCGUCCAGGCUCCCGAACGGAGGGAGCAAGACCGCCGGCCCAACCUCUCGACAACUCCGCGCACAGGGAACUUGCCCCUGCCUGCCACUACGGCUCGAGUCAGUGAUACCGGCGCGACACCGAUUAUUCUUACCCCCGACCAGGACCCUCCGGCGGAAGAAGAUGAGCCACCUGCGAAUCCGGGCACUGCGCCGACUGCGCGGGAUACUCGGGGUGAUGUUGGAGCCAUGUACGCCCGGUUCUACUUUACCUUGUUUGUCCUGCUCAUUCUAUCUAUAUGGUCGUUCCUUUGGCCCAACCGAAUGGGGGCCAUAUAUGCUCGGGCCCUCGGGUUCGUCUACCUAUCCUUCUGGGUACCGCAGAUAUAUCGCAAUGUGAUGCGCAACUGCCGCAAAGCCCUGCGCUGGGAUUUCGUGGUCGGUCAAAGUUUUCUGCGGCUAUUUCCCUUUAUCUAUUUCUUAACCGCUCGGGGAAAUGUGCUUUUUAUCCGGCCUGACUCGACCACCGCUCUGGCCCUGGCUGGCUGGGUGUGGAUUCAGGUCUGGAUAUUGGCGAGUCAGGAUAUCCUAGGGCCACGGUUCUUCGUACCUCGCGGCUGGGCGCCACCCGCCUAUGACUACCACCCUGUGCUACGCGAUAGCGCUGGAUCGGCCGACGAUCUUGAGUCUGGUGGAGUCCUCCCGAUUGGGGCCUUGCGGGCUGACGAGCGAGAAUUCUCUAGCGAAGCUAAGGAUGAAGACAAGCAGCGGGCGAAAGAUAAAAAGAAGGCCAUCUUUGACUGUGCCAUCUGCAUGCAGGAGAUUGAGGUUCCCGUCCUUGCGGCGCCCAGAGGGUCCGGCGGCAGCAGCGUUACAGACGGGGCCACGAGCCUCCUCAGCCGACGGACGUACAUGGUUACUCCAUGCCGGCAUAUCUUUCAUAGCACCUGUCUCGAGAGCUGGAUGCGACUCCGGCUGCAGUGUCCAAUCUGCCGGGAGUCCAUCCCUCCUGUAUAGAUGGGAGCUUUCUCGCCUUCGAAUCGCGUCGAUUUGCCAAUUCAACUUAAUCCAAAUGGGGCCCGCUGCGUGAUGUUGGCUACGUAGGCGCUUCCCGGUUGAAGCAAGUAUACGAAUACUGCCCCAAACCACUGUUCAAUCCAACUUCCAGUACAUGAAUCAACGCACAGCAACACAUAUAGGAGAAAGUACAUCCGUCCUCCUGGCUGCGGUGGCGAGCUGCAUUAUCUAAUGUCCCGAUCCGACCCCGGUGGUCUCUACUCUUUACAAACUAUACGGAGUAUACUGUAUGAUAGACAAUAAUGAUAUGAGGCUAUACAAUG